UUUUCUAACAGGAAUGUGUUAAUGUGGAAGUCUCUGGGAGUGUAAGGACAAUGCGUCUUGAGCUGAACUUGAAAUCCUGAAAUUAUAAACGAUUCGGUGAUGAGCUGAGUUUGCAAUGCAGGCAAUAAAAACCGUGGAAAAAGAAGUGACUUUCAUAAAGGAAAUACUUUUCACAGAAACCUUCCUAAAGAAACAAGAGUGCAGCAGAAGCCCGGAGAGCAGGCGGCUCUGUGAGCAGCAGCCAUUGGAAGGAGCUGUCUGCAGCUCUCAGUGCUGUACUGAGCAUGUCCCAGCGGAGCCCAGUGCAAGCAGCACAUUAUGCAAAAAGGCAGCUCUAGCAGAUGGGGGAGAGGCACAGCAAGCAUUUGCUUCACUUGCAUCACCACCGCUUGAAAACAAACCUGGAUCGCUAGAGGGGAUCUCGCCGGCAGGCCAAAGGACUGAAAUCCGGGAGCAUGGCUUGAUUGCCGAAGGCGUUGCACUGCGAAAAAUCAUGGGGAAUCAAGAUGGGAAGCUAAAGAAAAAUACAGGUGAUGUGCAUGAAGGAGGAGAGGAUGCCUCUGGGCCUAAGGAUACGGAUGGCACAAAGAAGGUAUUGGGAAGCAGAAGGGGACUGGGGAAGCAUGCAAAAGGAAGUGAAUCGGGUAAGAAGAAGGGUAAGUCAGACUCGAGGGCCUCGGUGUUUUCAAAUCUGAGGAUCAGAAAAAAUCUGUCCAAGGCUAAAGAUGGGAAUAGUAGUUCACGGGAGGAUGUUUUGGAAAGCCAGGUCUUGCAGGCUGGAGAGCUGGACAGUACUCAUUCAAUUAUAACCAAAACUCCAGAUAUAAGCAUCUCUGCAGAUGAAGGGGGUCUCUCAGAUACAGAUGUGGAACAUUUUGAAAUCAGAAAUGAAACUGUCCCGGUUGCUGCGGAGACACAGGAUGGACAAAGGACCAGCUCUGGCUCUGAUACGGAUAUAUACAGUUUCCAUUCAGCCACAGAACAAGAGGAUUUGCUUUCUGAUAUCCAGCAAGCUAUUAGACUGCAGCAGCAGCAGCAGGGGGCAAUUAACAUUGGAACUGAGGACCUUGUCACCAAAACAAUGGGCCAACACAUGGCUAAUUCGCAAGCAGCCCCCUUAGAUUUUGAACGGUUUCUUUCAGUAACUACCACUGACAAAGAGAGGAGCCCAGACACUGAGGGGGCUUUUCCAGAGAUAUCUGAAAUUGCGGAAAACAUUCCCGUCUCCCGUGCGACUGAACGUGAACUGAAAGAAGCAGUAAAUGGCACAGGCUCUCCUGGUAACAGCUUAUUUGAAACACAAGAACGUAAGCUAUUGAUUGAGGAACAGGAACAGCUCGUUGCUGGAGUGGAUGCUGUAGCUAGUGAACUAGAAGGCGAUUUAAAUAGGACUGCAGUAGAAAAUGAGUCUCAGACACAGAGCUCCACACAACCUUUUCCAACCUCGGUAGCAGAUGCUGAGACUAAAAUUGCUGAAGUGCAGGCUGUUGAUUUGCAGGACACAGUAACAGAGGAUGGUGUUUCAGAUGCAGGCCGUGAUCGUGCUGCUGAGACUCAGGAAGGGAAACACACUCUGUUAGCCAGUCAAGAGGACCUGCAUAAUGGUUUAUCCUCGGAAAUGAAAAAUGGCAUUUUGUCCUCCGAAGGGACAGCAGGAAGUCCAAUGCUUGGUUCCCGAUGCUUUAAGCCCUAUCUAAUUAAUCCUUGUUACAUCAAAACCACAACUAGGCAACUGAGUUCUCCCAACCAUUCACCAUCUCCCUCUCCAUCCCAGAGCCCGCUUUUUACAAGGAGGCAGGAGUCCUUCCACAAAAAAGAAAAGGUCUCAAUCAAGAAGCAGAGGUCUGCUAGUUUGGCAGGUUUAUUUAGUCGUUCUGCAGACUGGACAGAAGAAGUAUCUAAUCACAAAUGCGAGAUAACGCAGAAGGUGGGCUCUUCAGGCUACUUGGAACACAAGGGGUUUAGAGAGAAUUUUCACACGGAAAGACUGCCUUUGACUCAUUCAAGAAAGUCCUCAGGGGUGCAGGCUUCUACAGAGACAUUUCCUAAUGUCUUUUCAGGACGAACUCUGCUGGAAAAGCUCUUCAGCCAGCAGGAAAAUGCACCACAAGAAGAAGCAGAAAAACUGUGUUCUCGCAUUAUUGCAAUGGGUCUUUUGCUUCCGUUCACUGACUGCUUCAGAGAACCAUGUAAUCAGAGUGCCCAGCAAAGCACACCCACGUUUGAUCAAGACCAGCUUUAUACAUGGGCUGCAGUUAGCCAACCCACACAUUCAUCAGAUUACGUCGAAGGAAGCUUUCCAAGGAGAAUUCCAUCUGCGUGGCCCCCACCCAAACCUCCAGAUGAAGAACAAAGACUCAAAAUUACGGAAGAAGAGAGCCUUAGUGUAAUAUCUGAAACUGAUCAACUAAGAUCAGAUGCUUCAGAGAAAGAUAUAAAAAAUGUGAAAUCUGAGGAGCGUGCCAGUGUUAUCCAGCAGCUUGAGCAAACUAUUGAGGAUCUGAGGACCAAAAUUGCAGAGCUAGAGAAACAGUUCCCUGCUGCAGAGGUACAGACUGCUGGGAGGGAGCAGAAAAAUGAGCACAUGCAUGCAGUCUGUGGGGAACUCAGCAGUGUGACUCUUCGAACGAACGGAAGGGAGACUGUACCCAGGACUGUGUCACAAGCAAGAUCUGUACAAACGUCACCAACAGAGGAUUAUUUACCACACACAAUGCCUUCAGCCAAUGCACUGCCACAGCCACCCCCACCACCGCACUUAGAAGGGGGCAAAAGUGAAGAGCCAAGUCAGAAACUACCAGCUUUAGAACUACAGCCCAUGUUUUGUUCUGAAAUCUCCUUAAUUCUGUCACCGAAGCUAAUCUCAGUGCCGCUGGAUUCAAGCCAAUCAGUACAGAGUACACCACAGUCAUCUCUUCCAGGACCCAAAGUUAAUUUGUCUGGUGCAUUUGAAGGAGAGACUGAAAUGCCAGCUUUCCAUCAACCUCUAAGUACUUCAGAUGUGACUUGUGAACAUCCUCCUUCUUUGCCCCUGGAGCCAACAUGUAGCAUUCCCUCAUCACUACCGGCCACUGAACCUGCUGCUUCCCUGUCUGGAUCACAUGGCCCUUCCCUUGCCACUUCCAUGUCCAUGGCAGGACUACCUCCCCCACCACUCCUGCCUGGCUCAGGACUCUCUCCUUCUGCUGGCUCAGCAGUGCCACACCUGGACCACUCUUUGCCUGGCAUGCCACCACCCCCUCCUCCUCCUCCACCUUUGUCAAGUGGGGAGAUACUGAUACUGCCUCCAGCCCCUUCUAUCCCAUCUGCUGGAGUCCCACCACCACCUCUACCACCGCCUUUGCCUGGAGCAGGAGUCCCACUCCCUCUGUCCAGUUUGGGCAUCCCACCUCCACCACCACCACCACCUUUACCUGGGGCUAGUGUCCUUCCCCCACCUCCUCCUCUUCCUGGCCUGGGAAUGCCACCUCCAGCACCACCUCUGCCUGUAGCAGGGCUGCCACCACCUCCCCCACCUCUACCUGGAGUCGGCAUCCCACCCCCUCCUCCUCCACCUCCGCCACCACCUCUGCCUGGAGCAGGUGUCCCCCCUCCACCUCCGCCACCACCUCUGCCUGGUGCAGGUGUCCCUCCUCCACCUCCGCCACCACCUCUGCCUGGUGCUGGUGUCCCUCCUCCACCUCCGCCACCACCUCUGCCUGGUGCAGGUGUCCCCCCUCCACCUCCGCCACCACCUCUGCCUGGUGCAGGUGUCCCUCCUCCACCUCCGCCACCACCUCUGCCUGGUGCUGGUGUCCCCCCUCCACCUCCGCCACCACCUCUGCCUGGUGCUGGUGUCCCCCCUCCACCUCUGCCACCACCUCUGCCUGGUGCUGGUGUCCCUCCACCACCCCCUCCUUUGCCUGGGUUGGGGAUGCCACCUCCAGCCCCACCACCUUUGCCUGGGCAAGCACCGCCCCUUCCAGCACCAGGCCAGGGCAGCACCUACCCAGCAGUCCCACAGGUCUCUGGGUUUCUUCCUCCUCCAUUGCCGUCUGGUUUAUUUGCAAUGGGGAUGAACCAGGAGAAAGGGAGCAGGAAACAUGUGAUAGAGCCUUCUCGGCCAAUGAAGCCUCUUUACUGGACAAGAAUUCAGCUCCACAGUAAAAGAGAUUCUAGUGCUUCACUUGUGUGGGAAAAAAUUGAAGAGCCUUCCAUUGAUUAUCAUGAGUUUGAAGAACUGUUUUCUAAAACAGCUGUUAAAGAGAGGAAGAAACCCAUUUCGGACACCAUUACAAAAACAAAGACUAAACAA